AUGCAGCAGAGUUAUGCAAAUGGCAAUGAUAAUUUCCAAGAAAACGAGUACACAAAGCCAGCCAAUGACAGGUCGUGUUCGGCACCACCAAAAUUUGAUUCUCAAAGUUUAUUUCUGUACCAGGAAGAUGAUCAUUUCACGAGAAAUUUCACCAAGGGGUUCAUGCCGAUGCGAAUGGAUGGAAACUAUAAUGAAUUCUAUCUCCAGCUUAAGAACUAAAAGAAAACAAAUGAAAAUGUUGAAGAUAUGCAGCAACAUCAUCAAAUGUAGGACAUUCAAGCUCAAAUAUAGUUAUAACAGCAAUAGACAAGAUCGCCUGCUUUCAAUAAAAUUUUACCGAUAAUUGCCAGCCAGAUUUCCCCUAAUCCUUAACUAAGCAUGAAUGUAAUAUACGAUGGAGGUGAAAUUAAGCAUAUGCCCGAGCCUAUUACCGCCUUUGAUGAGACUGAACUUUUAAGUCAAUUGAAAACUUAAACUUUGGCAGAAAAAGGACUAUAUAAUUAAAACACUCAAAAUUAACGAGAGUCUUAAAACUUACCUGAAUACAUUUAGGAUCGAACCACUCCAGUGUAUACUAAAUCUAAUGAUAGUGGGAACUCAAACUCUCCUGAGGUCAGACUCUCUACAGGCAAAAUAAAAUAAGUAGACCCCUCGACAUUAAUUAGAAGAAGGUAGCGUUUAUCAACAAUAUCCAGCGAUUUAAAUGAUGAACCGACUGAGUCCCCCACCCGAUAAAGUAUGCGCCAAAGAAGGAAAUCCUCAAACUUUGAUAUGCUGAGUGAACCCUUCAAGUAUUAAGACUAUGUGAAUAAAUUCCUUGAUGGAAUAGAAGAAGAGGAGGAGUCUAAGUAUCCAAAUGCCUAGGGAACUGGUAUUAGUAUGAGAAAAAGAACUAGAUCUAGUACUUUUUUAAGCAAGCAAACUUUGCCAUAGAUUUUUGAAGAUGAGCAAGAACAUAACAAUGACUACAAGUCUCGCUUCAAUAAUAACUAAUAAACUGGACAGUAAAAUACAAUUCUACCAACCUAGUAUAUUAAAGAUUCAUUGCAGUCAUACCAAUUAAGUAAAGCUUAAAGUGAGGUUGUUACCUAAGAAGAUAUGUAAUAGUAUAGUAGCAAUAAUGAAAGAUUGAACUAUCAUCAGACUCCAUAACAGAUUCACUUUUCCAAUUAAAGCUAACAUCAGCAAUAGUAGCAACAUCAGUAAUACUUAAACCAGUAGCAGACUAGUCAUUUAAAUUCUUUAGAGUAGUAAAUACUUCAAAUGGGUUAAAAUAUUUCUCACAUCGCCCUCACAAACCUAGGAAGCAUUCAAUAGCAUCAAGAUAUGAAGCACAGCAUGAAUGAUGCAAAUUAAAUGUUGAAUACGUCACCUCAAGCUGUUUACAAAGCAAAACAAAAUAAAUCAUAAACUAAGCAAUAAUAGUAAAAUCAGACAUAAAAUUAACAAGAAGUAUUUAAUAUAAGUCCAUAGAAGAACAUAUCUUCUCCUCAUAGAAACGUAGUUCUGUAAAAGUCCUUCAGUACUACCCCUUCAAAGACCACAGACCAUUUGACGGUUGCCUAGAUAGCCAAAAAAUUCAAUCUUAUCUCUACAUUUGAGACUCUAGAGGGUCAUGAAACUCUACCAGACAAGGAGAUGCUAAUGCUUCUAGAAUUUUCCACAGUUUUAGCCAAAGAUUAGGGAGGAUGUAGAUUUUUGCAAAAGAAAAUAGAGGAGAACAACAGAGAAGUAAUUGACAAGAUCUUCACUCAUACUAUUGAAAACUUUAUGGAUCUGAUGAACGAUCCUUUUGGAAACUAUCUAGCUUAGAAACUUACUGAAACAGUUAGAGAGGACUAACUAACAGAUAUCAUACAUAAAGUUAGAGAGGAUCCAGUAGGGCUUUGCAGAAAUUCUCACGGCACAAGGUCAAUCUAGAAGAUCAUAGAGAUCGUGAAGUCGCCAGCUCAGAUUGAACUAUUGGCUAACUACUUGAAGGAAAAGGUCCAGGAACUAGCUGAGGAUAUUAAUGGUAAUCACGUGAUAUAAAAGAUACUUUUUACCUGGAAAGCCUAGCAUAAUCAGUUUAUCUACGAAGCAAUGAUGGAAAAAUGCGUAGAGAUAGCUUGUCAUAAGCAUGGUUGUUGUGUUAUGCAAAAGUGCAUCGAUGGAGCCACUCCUCAAUAGAAGCUAGCCUUGACACUUAGAAUCGGAGAUCACACUCAGGUAUUCGUCAGAAACCCUUACGGAAACUAUGUUGUUCAAUAUGUCUUAGAACUUAAAAUGGUGGAGGUUAAUAAGAGAAUAGGUGAAAAGCUUUUAGGUUCUCUACUUCUGCUGGGCAUGGAGAAGUUCUCAUCAAAUGUUAUUGAAAAGUGUUUAGAACACAAUGCCAGCGAUAUCAAGGAGUCUAUGGUUAGAGAAAUAUUGCAAGCUGAUACCUUCUAUGAUUUCCUACUAGACUAAUAUGGAAACUAUGUGAUCCAAAAGUCUUUGUCAGUUGCUGUUGAGCCAUACUUCUCUCAAUUUAUAGAAAAACUGAAACCUGAUCUUGAAAGGUUGAAGCAUUCGAAUGAAUUCGGCAUAAAAAUAUACAAUAGACUCAUUAAGCAAUAUCCUCAACUAUGCCCUGACUAGUACAAAAACUACAAGAGUGGGUAUGGGCAGAACAAUAAGAAAUAAAAGGACGGCUCUCAAGGCAAACUAGGGAAAGGCUAAAAUAAGUAGAAGAACCCUAAUAAGCCCAAGAAAGAGAAACCUGGCAAGAUGCCAAUCCCACAGGCAGCAAGUGGAUACAUGAAAGGACCUAACAUGGGCGGAUAUCAUCAUGACAUGGGAGUCUACGAUAACUCAAAUGUAUAUUACGGCAACAUGAACCAGACGAAACAAACCUCAAGCAAUGUGAAUAUCAGCAUAAACAUCAACGCCAACUUCACUCCUUAGCAAAAGGAAACCAGCAGCAAUAAUUACUUCGCUUACAAACCUUAAAACUACUACUAGCAGACUGACUACCAACAAUAGUACUACCCAUAGCAUUAAAACUUUGAGGGUAUGUAACAAUAAUUUCAGUCUAAGCAGGGAGGACCUCAUCGUAGAGGAGGAAGGCCCUAGUAAUAGUAGUAGUGA